CAUCGUAGACCACGUGGAAAAUUUCAACAACACGUGUAGUGUAGUAUGGAACGUAGAAUGCAAUUGUUUUAAGUUAUAUAAUUAUAAAGAUAAUUGAGGCACUUAAGGCAUCAGCUCUGGGGAUCCAAGAUUGAAUAUAGACAAGCCACCCUGGGAAUUUUUUAUGGGUGGUCUGUCCCAAAUAUGUCAAGCCCUGUCUCUCACUGCCGGUUGACUCCAUUGUGGUCUGAUCAAACCCAUGAUGUGUAUGGAAGAACACACCUAAAUGCCAGAGUCAAAAACUGGAAAAAAGAAGCAUAGUCUAAUGAUAAUUUUUUUAUAUCCAAAAAAGGCAUUAGCUCAAUUAUUAAAAUCUUUAAAAAAUGGACGAAGAAACCAAGAUUGGGGAUUUUUCUAAUGUUGAAGAAUCAUUCUGUGCAUCACCGGUAAGAAAUUUAACAGGAACCCCAAGAAGAAUAAAAGAUUUAUGUGUGGACUUCUACAAUUCUAUUCAAAACUGGAAUUCUCUGUGUAUAGAAGGAGUCGAUUUUUUAAAGACUAUUAAAGAUUUAAAAAUGCAAAUACUGAACGAAAAGGAAACAGACGUGACAAAACUUACGGUAAAAAUUCAAGAUUCUUCUCUUCAGUUACAAGAAAUUGUUGAUAAAAUGGACGAUAUCUUUUGUAAGAUGAGAGAAAUAACCGAUUACUUUAAGACCAUUUCCGAAUUAAGCUUUCACAGACAUUCCGAAGAGACGGUAUUCCAAACGUGGCCGCCACAAAAAUUUUACGACACCGUGAAUGAGAUACUGAAGAUGUAUUGUGAACAAUUAUCUGCAAAUAAAGCAAUAUUGAAUCACUUUUGCCAUUUAGAAAACGAAGACAAAAUGACAUAUUUCAUACUUGUAUGGUGUCAUCUGCCAAAAAUUACUGACAGAGCUUCACUAUUAUUACAUUGUAUGGUACAAGAAACAAAUUUACUGUGAGGAUUAUAUUUAUUCUUGCAAUAAAAUGUAAAAUUCUUGUAUAUGCUACUUAUCUCGAGCGUCUGUAAGUUUAAAAUAAAAGUCGAGUCUUGUGUGUCCAUUCUA